UUGCCAUUAUCAAACGUCAAAUCAGUCGUUCACAUACUUUUCGUGGCACUCUUCCGACUAGAAAAUUAUAGUUUAAUUUGUUAUAUUCUAAAAUCUUCCAGUCUUACAAGACAUUUUGCUAUAAAAAUUCAAUAAAUUAAUUUGACAAUUGCAAAUUCUUUCGUGAAAUACAUAAACAAAAUGGAAACGUCACCUGGUUUGUUGUGAUUAGUUGAAGUGUAUUUCCAUGGAUAAUCUCAAAACAAUCACGGUAUUGAAUCAGUUAUAAGGGUGAUAGUAAAACGUUAUUCAGUGUUAUGAAUAAGCUGUGAUUGUGCUGUGUUUUGUCUAAUGUGCCGACACAAUGAAUUGGUUCGACACGUCAGGCCUUACGAGCCUUGCUAAGAAUGCGCUGAAAGAAGCGCAGAAAACUAUUGACAAGGCUCUCGACAUCCAGGAUGAAAGUGGAGAUGAGCCAGAAGAGGAGGCAACGCCACAGACCAGCGCCAAGUCGUCUCCGGGUCACAGCAACACUCCACAGAAAGACAACUCUGAUUUCUUUUCGUCGUGGGGUUUGACAGUGAGUGCGGAGAGCGAGCAAAAUACUCCCAUCAAGGAACAGCCCGUCGUUACAGAGAGCCCGUCCAAGUCCACGUCACAGAGCAUUUGGGGCUCGUUUGCUGGCUCUUUCUUUGAGCAACCUAAAGAUGAAGAAUCCACAAUCGUGAGACCACCGAAAGCUAAGUCUAUGAAUGUUAUUGCUGACAGUAAAUAUGGUAGUCAAGAUGAUUUGUUCUCUAAAAGUCAGCUCAUUAUGUCUGACAGCGAGGCAUUGGAUCACAGAAUAACCAAAUCUCUAAAAGAUGAACUACCAAAGGUGGAUGAGCGGCGAGAUUCAGCAAAAUCUCAUAGACUGUCACUUGUUUCAAGCAGGAAUAGUUCUGAUUCUGUAGAAGUCUUGUCCCAGAGCUUGAAGACUACGCCUGACUCAGAGGCUUCUGUACAUUCCAUAUCUCGCAGCAGUAGCACUGGACAGAAGCAUAACUCCGAAUCUGUAGAAAUAUUACCUGAUAGUCUGGUGAGUCCCAGUUCAAUAGAGUGCCUUGGUUUUGAUAGUUAUUCUAGUGAAAAAAAUAGCAAUUCAUCUUCUCUUUGUGUGUCUCCUGGAGAUAACAGUGACAAAAAGUCUACUCCAAUAGGCGAUAAGACUGAAAAAGCAGACACUGCAGAUAGUGUCAGUUUAGUAGCUGACGAUGAUGAAGACACCAUGUCUUAUAACUCCAUAUCUGAGUGUACAGCACCCACUGUACUGGACACUGAUGACAAGUCUGUAAGCCCCUUCACCAAAGUAAUUAAAACGGAUGCAAGCAGGAAAGUCAUAGAAAAAGAAUUGAUGCAUUUAGAGCAGGCCUUAGUUCCACAAAGAAUGCAAAUUAGUGAGAAUUCUUCCAAUGACGGUUCUUGGUCAGAUAGAACUUUAAAUGCUGAUGGUGACAGUAUUAACUUGGACAUGACUGCAGAAGACCAGAAGAAAGAGCAGGAAGAUGUUCUCAUUGAGAAAUUGAGUGACUCGUCAUCAUUCUACAAUGUAAAUGUUUCUAGUGACAUGUUAAGGUCUGAAAGUUCUGCAUUUGUCAAUGUUGAGAAGCAGCAGUGCAAUGAAUCUAGCAGUAGCUCUUCACAGAAGGAUGGCAGUGUUAAAGAAAGAACUUCUCCAAUAAGUUCUGAUAGUAAAAGUGAUUUGGUCAAGAUCGGGUCAGACCGGACAUCAGGUCACACAUCAGGAGAUGAGCUAGAAACAGCUACUUCUUCAGAUAUUGAAAUAAUUCCUAGUCCUAAUGGAGAUGGUCAUGGCUUUAGGAAUAGUCCUGCUAAAUAUGCUUUUAAACAGUCAAAGUUUGAUGGCACAACUUCCCCAAACUUGGUGGAUCUAGUAUUAGGUAAAUCUUUAGCCACAAAGAUAAGGGGACAUAACCGAGAGCUAUCUGAGGCAUCUGUGCAGAGUAACACAAGUGAUGAGAGCCAGGGCUCAGAGAAUGAGAGACUGAUGAGGAGGCUUUGUGAAAUGGCAGAGCUGCUAGAAGCAAGAGAAAACAGACUGUUGGAAAUGAGUAGGAAUAAUGCAGACUUGGCAGAAAACAAUGCUGACUUGAAGAGCCAAGUGGAGUCACUGAUGUUGAAGCACGAGGGUGGUGACAUUAAUACUAUCACAGAAGACUACACACAGAGAAUGUCUGCUCUGGAGAAGAAGUUUCAACAAGCCAUCAGGGAAAAGGAUCAGCUGCGAAAACAACUGGACCAGGUGAAGUCAGAAUCGUCUUCACGCAAGAACUCAUCGGAGCUGGAGAACACGCUUAAGGAGAAGGAUGAGGUGAUAGCUCAGCUGCAGGAGGAAGGCGAGAAGCUGGCGCGUCAGCAGCUGCAGCACUCCAAUAUCAUCAAGAAGCUGAGGGCCAAGGAGAAAGAUAAUGAACAGGUCAUCAAGGGAUUGAGAGAUAAAAUAGCAGAGCAGUCAGCGGAGUUAGACAGGCUGAAGAGGUCCAUAGCUGCUAAGGAGGAGCUGGAGGUUAGCCAGAUUGAAGCAGUGUACCGGCUCACCACAGCCAACAAGAAACUAGAGACUGAACUCAUGGAGACGCGGAGUCAGCUGGACGACACGCAGCACAAGCUGGAAGGCAGCCGCGCGUCGCUGGAGGGCGCGCGGCGCGAGCUGGCCGAGCUGCAGCGGACCAGUGCAGACCUGUCGCGCCGCGCCACCGCCGCCCAUCUCGCGCAGAAUAAUGCCAAGCUGGUCGAGCAGGACCUGCAGCGGCUGCGGACCGAGCUCGCGCAGCUCCGGGAGGACAGGAGGGCUGAGGAGAAGAAGUGGGUAGCUCGUGAGGAAGCCCUCCGGCGCGAGCUGCAGGAGGCGCGGGAGGCCUGCAGUGCGCUAGAGAGCAGCGGCGGGGGCGGGGGCGGGGGCGACGGGGGCGCGGGGGGCGCGGGCGCCGUGCUGGCCCAGCUCGCGCAGCUGCAGGCCGCCGCGCUCGACCGGGACCGUGCGCACGCGCAUACUCUCAGGCAACGCGCCAUUCAACUAGCGGAGGCGGAGCGUGCGCUGGCGGCGGCGGUGGAGCGCGAGCAGGUGUCGCGGGACGAGUGCAGCGCGCUGCAGGCCCGACUCGUGGACCUCGACCUCGCGGCGCAGGCGCACGCCCAGCAACUACACGACCUGGCGCAGCGGGACCUGCAGCAUCAGCAGCGCAUACAGGAGCUCCAGGAGCAGAUUGCCAAGAAAAACGAAGAGCUGGAGACGGAGCGGUCUAGCCACCUGCAGCAACAGUCGCAGCUGCAGCAGCGCCUGCAGCAGCUGGAGCUGCAGCUGCACGAGCAGAGCGAGGCGCUGCAGGCCGAGAAACAAAGGGCGGCCAUACUGCAGGAGCAAUCGAGUCGUGGUGGCGAGGUGUCCCCUUCGCAGUCUAUUAUUUCGGACUCCCUGUCAGCUUCCUUCUGGCAUUCUGAGGAGUCGGGAGUACCAGUCCGUGGCGGGGCCGCCAGUGCGCUGUGCGUGGAGGACACGCUGUCCGCGCUGCGGCGCCGCGACGCAGAGCUCGCCGCGCUCGCCGCGCACCGAGACUCGCUGCUGCACGACCGCGAGCAACUCGCGCGCAAGCUCGCCACCUGCCAGGCCGCGCUCGACGACAUGCAUACUGUACAAGAACAAUACGACGCGCUGCUCCAAAUGUACGGCGAGAAGGAAGAGCAGAUGGCCGAGCUGCGGCUGGACCUGCAGGACGUCACGCAGCUGUACAAGGCGCAGCUCGACGAGCUCAUCGCGCUCAAGCAGCGCCGAUAGCACGCGCCGUCCCCACCCGCCCGCCCCACCCGGCUACUGCUGCCGGCGACCCACUGGUGUCUGGCUAACCCCUGCGGGAAACGGAAACCUUCGUCUGUCUAAAUACUGUUCACGGCCGAAAUUGAUAACCUAGCGGUGAGAGGGUCAAUAAUACUCGAGGGAUGAAUACAUAUAGUAUAGCGGAGAAUAUAUAUUUAAAAAAUUCCUAGCAUCUAUUCACUGCUCUUUUGUAUCUAUUCGUUCCUCGCAUUUUGUAUUCUCGAACACUUGUGACAUUAGUUUUAUGGAGUUUCUAUAAAAAUAACUGGAUUUUUAGAUGAUAUGAAUUUCGGCCAUCAAACGCAAUAUCCCGCCAAUAUAAUGUUCUUACAAUAGAUAUUGAAUCGUUACUGUCCUUAGUUGGAGGAUAGUAAUUGAAAUAGCAGCUUUAUUCGAGUUUUAAUUCCAUAUUAUACAGUCUAUUGUUCAUACAUUUCAAAUUAUAUGAGAGUUAAUGUUGUUGGUAAAUUAUAAUCAGGAAAGUCUAGAAUUCUUUGUAUAUUAUUACUAUAGCCUUAUAAAAUAUGUUAUACGCAAAAAAUCAACAGUACUAUGACACCUGACUCUUACCGCGAGUAUACAUGCUACUAAGCAUUUUGUAGCUUGAAGUUAUCUAGCAAUACGUGUCAUAGAUUCAGCAACUAAAAUAAAUUACAAUCAUGGCGCUAGAUAUUUAGAUCCACAUUAUGGAAAAAAAAUGUCAUCACAUGUGUUAGUUCUAGCGUUCUAGAUCCGCGAUGAAUGGAGAUAUGAAUACGGUGUAGUUAGGUAAUUUGGAUUACUAUCAUUGUAUCAUCUAUAGUAGUAUUACGCUGACACAUUUCAUUAUGGGCUACAUGGGCUAUAGGGCGUGAGUACGUGUAUACUGUGUUAUUUGGGAGUAUUUUAACGGUAAACUUAGUCAUAACGCUACAAUAUAAAGCGGCAACUUAUCUGGUUGAAUACUUAGUGAUAAAUAAACUAUAGAUGGCGCUACUAGAGGGGUUCUAUAAAUUAUAUUAUAUUUAGGAUUUAAUAAAUCGCGUGUGUGAUUUCUUCUUCUAUAAAUAUUUCGCUUCCGUCUUGAUCUAAUAUUGUAUUUGCCAAACGUUGAACGUUCCUUUGUAUUUCAAUCUUGUCAUAAUUAUUAUUAUUAUAUUUGUCUCUAAAUGUUUGUAUAUGAAAUAUUUAAAAUAUAUUAUUGAAAGUGUGGAACGUGAGUUUGUUACUGCACAUAGAUGUUAUUAUUUGUACAGUAUAGUAUUAUUAUAUAUUACAUAUAGUUAUUAUUUGUACAUAAAAAUGUGUGUGCUGCCCACGAAGCAAGUACAGAGAGGAGAUGCCAUAAUGUGAUUGUGCACUUUGAUACAAAAGUUCGGUCCUGCCUAUUGAUAUUAUGUAUAAAAAGGUGUAGAUAGGUGUUAUAAGCGCUCAGAAAGUGGCACAUGAAAAUGUGGACAAUUGGCAACGUUAAAAAACGAAAAUAGAGAGGUGCGUGGUUUGUAAUGUCCCGCGCUACCUGUAAAGUGUCACAUAUUAUAUUAAAGGGAGAUCCAGUUAUGACAUCUCUUUGUAUUUGCUUCAUGGUGCUGCGGAUGGUUGGAUGGAUAGUAUCAUAAUUAUAAAAUGAGCCUAAUGGUCCCAACUGUACAGUAUGGAAACACCUGGUUACUGCAAGAUGUUCAAUCUAAAAAAAUGCCAGGAAAUUACGAUGGGAGAACUCUUGAACUGGGACCAUAGGGAAAGACUAUUAUGAUAAGGUUCGGUUGAGGCGACGGGAAGAGUCGACUUGUGUUAUUGAGCUGUGUAGUUUCAAAUUGUAUGUGACGUAUGCAAGGAGGAAGACAAGCAAAUAUUGUAAAAACAUUGAAAUAACAGAUUUAUUUAAAGUUCUCAACACUUAUCUGAAACUUACUCAAAAUGGCUGUGUGGAACCUCUACCUAAAUGUUUAUUCAAUACUCAAAAGUUAUUUGUUUUCGUAAAUUCCCAGUGAUUAUUGUUGUCUGUCUUCCUAAAGUAAUUGUGUAAUAUCGAGCGAUGUGCUAUGAGAGAUCGCAGAGUUCACUACUCUGCUGAUUACCUUAGCUACGGGGAGCUGGGCGUGUUAUAGAGUAUUGCGAGACAAGUGGUGUACAGCAGACAAUUGGUACUAUUUACUAUUUGAUGAUUUUGUGCACUUCUGUAGGACUAUGGUUGAACUGCAUUGCUAUUUAUAUUGUUUCGUAUUUUAAGGUUUCUCUUAGUCAUCGACACCUCAGCGGUAUACUUAAGUUUAGUGCUACUUGGCACGAGUCGCUCUCAGUACUUAAUGUGUUUGAACAUGUCACAGUUUUAUAUCACGAAGAUUUGAUUUAGAAAUGACAAAUGUCUGCUGUACUGCAUUGGAUUAUAGUUUAGUAAAUAUAUUAUAUUUGCGCAUCACUCAUCUUAUGAAUGGAGUUCAAAAUAUUACAAUAUUUAUAAGUUCCUUCGCGAUUCAUGUUCAUGUGGUCAUUGUUAUCUAUUAUUGUGUAAAUAAAUAAACUGCCAAUUAUAAAACAGAAU